UUCCAGAGCUACCGGCAUAGAUGGCACUUGGACCUUAUACCAAGCAGCUAAACUCUAAAACACAGAGAGUGGAAGGGAGGUUAGAGCGAGCGAGCGAGCGACAGUGAGACGAAAAUUGCCAAGACGCGUGUGUCCUACGGGCAGACAGACAAACCAGACAUUUCACUUGAUUUGAGCCUUUGGAACUUUUACAUGACCUUAUCUCAAUCGGGAUUUGGCCCGGCUACUCUCCAUAUCUCAACUUAUACGCUUUGGUUCUUCUCAUACGUUCGGAAUAUCAGCUUUUUGCAUGGGUGAACAAAGCCCGCAAUUGCCGACACUUCCGCUUAUUAGCAAAGGUAAUGACCAGCCACCCACCCACCUGGUCUGAUCUGCCUUGUAACUCUUGCCCUCUCACGGACGUCAAUUGAGGGCAGGACAAUAAUCACAUCUUUCAGCUACUACUACUACUACUCGAUAAACCCGACCAGAAAAUCAUGUCAACAUGGAACCCCGAGUCGUCCCUGACCGGGGAGGAACCGGACCAGUACCAAAAUUGCAGAUCAUUGAGCCGUCUAAGCCUCGCGCCAUAGUAGAAGAGUCGCGGAAUGGUUCUUCGGCGGUGGCACAAGUCCCGACCCCUGCAAUUCUUGAUUCGUGGUUCGCCAAAGAGACAACAGAGACAAAUGCGACAGCCAACAAGGCUACAGAAGCAACACUGACUGAUAAUAACGAAGUUACUGCUACCGGGAUCAAAUUCCAAGGCAGUAACGUUUCUCACCUCGCCGAUGCCGCCUCCGCAGCGCCCAAGACCCCUGCGAACAAGCCCGAACCUACCUCGAAGCCGUUGUCCAAUGGAUUACCCGAUUCGUCCAAGAACCAACCGUCCGCAUCCCCUCCCGUCCACGAUGGCGGCACCGAGCAAAGUCACAAGGCGACCGCUAUCGUCCGGCGCCCCUCGCUUGCCGUCAGCCCAGCUGCCAACCAUGCAGCAAUAGAUCCUUUGUCACAGCACAUAUUCAUGCGCACAAACACGGAGCGGAACUUGACUUCAAAGCUUCGAAAUAACGCCUCCAAACCCGAUGCUUCGCCUGCUUCUGACGGACAACGACUCGGUGGCGAUGUAGAUACCCCGGAUAAGAAGAGGCCUCGUCCUUCGUUUCUUUCCCGCCUCGGAAUGCGCGCAAACAGACUUCGCAAUGACGAUGACGAUUCCGGCUCAGAUGUCGGCUCGCAGCGACCCGACGGCAACAAUGCGCGCGUCUUUGCCAGUCCCGUGGAUGCCCAGGGUUACAUUCCUCACCACAAGGAGCCGCCUCGUUAUAUCCGCACCAAAGUCUACAACAAGAAGGAGCGCGAGUUCAACCGCAUGUUUCUGGCUCAAGAGCUGGUCGGCACAAGACCUCUCGCACAGGCAAAAACGGACGAAAAGGUCCCAGUCGUGACCGUAUCGAGCGCCGACGGCACAAGUAGGAGGGCAGAGCGAACAGGCGGGGCUGUUUGGGCGACCGAAUUCAGCCACGAUGGCAGGUAUUUGGCAGCUGCAGGCAAAGACCAGGUCGUCCGCGUGUGGGCGGUCAUCUCCACCAUUGAAGAGCGACGCACGCGGGAAGACGAGGAGGAGGCUCUGCACCAGCAAACCAGCCCAACCAAUGGCGGCGGCGGCAGCAGGGAGAGGUUACAGGCACCCGUGUUCCGGGAGCAGCCGUUGCGCGAGUUCCAGGGACAUACGGGUGAGAUCCUGGACCUGAGUUGGAGUAAGAAUAACUUUCUGCUGUCGACAUCCAUGGAUCGGACCGUCCGCCUGUGGCACGUCAGUAGAAAAGAAUGCCUUUGUGCCUUCCGCCACGGCGAGUUUGUCAGCAAGGUGGCGUUUCACCCCCAAGACGAUCGCUUCUUCCUUGCGGGGUGCCUGGACUCGAGGUUGAGGCUGUGGAGUAUCCCGGACAGGGCCGUCGCCUUCGAGGCGCAAACCAGCGACAUGAUCACAGCCGUUGCGUUUACGCCCGAUGGCAAAACGGCCAUCGCGGGCAUGUUGAACGGAGUGUGCAACUUUUACGAGACGGAGGGUCUCAAGUUCCAGAGCCUACUGCAUGUGCGGUCUUCGAGGGGCAAGAAUGCCAAGGGCAGCAAGAUCACUGGGAUACGCACCGCCGAGGUACCAGCGGGUCGCGGUUCCUCUGACUCGAAGGUCAAGGUGCUUGUCACGUCCACCGACGCCCGUGUACGUAUCUAUAACCUCGGCGACAAGGCUCUUGAUGUCAAGUUCAAGGGACAUGAGCACACGGCGGCCCAGCUCUCUGCGAGCUUCAGCAAUGGCGCGAAUUAUGUCAUAUGCCCAAGCGAGCAUCGUAAAGUAUUUAUUUGGAGUCUAGGGUCACCCAACCAGCGAGCCUUGAACAUUUCAAAUCCUGGCGGUAUCGGAACUGACACAUUAAAGGGGGACAAGGGCCCCUGCGAGUCGUUUGUGGCGCACGGGUCUGGGGUAACGACGGCAAUAUUUGCACCCGCCGAGACGCGGCAGCUGCUGGGGGCCAGCGGCGAUCCAAUCUAUGACCUGUGCAACCCUCCACCGGUGACUUUGGUCUCGAGGGAAGAGGAAGAGGCCGCUGCUGCGGCGACGUCGUCAAGUCGAGACCCGAGUCCAACAUCGCCCGCACGAAUGGCUCACAACAUGAGCCAAACCGCCCUAUCCGAGGCUCCCAGCGGCGCAAGGAGCCGAAGAGCGGCGGACGAAUCUCCGGCGUACGCGGCCCGCUCCACCCACCAGCAAGGCAACAUCAUUGUCACAACCGAUGAUACGGGUAUCAUCAAGGUGUUCCGGCAGGACUGUGCCUACCGACGACGAGAGGGUCCAGAGACAGCCUCUCUUCUGAGUCGCAAACGGGACAGCAUUGUCGGCCGCAGCGCCAGCAUUCUCACUCGGACCAGCGCAUCUAGCGCACCACACUCGCGAAAGGGGUCCUUGUCGAGAUCGAUCCAAGGAAUCAUGACGGGUAAUGGCGUGCCACAUUCUGGCGGUGCGAUAUCAGAGCAGAUAUUGGAUUGGCGUCGCGACGUUGAGGCCGAAGGCAGCAAUGGCAGGACCAAUAGCAUCAACAGCGCAGCCGGCACGCCGGUACGCGUCGAGCGUAGCGUCAGUCCUACAAAGAGCCCAUUGACUGCUAGGACCCUCGCGAGCGAGAGACGGCGUGAGCAAUACGCCCACAGCGGUUCCCCGCUCGUACCGAGAGGCGACAGAGGACAUCUCAGCCCGGCUUCGAGCACUUUCAGCAACCCGCAUCGAAUCAAGUCUGACGUCGCCGUCGCCGCUGACACUGUCGCGAAUGCUAGACCCAAAGAUUCGGCCCAAGAGGGUGUCUCACAGAAGCCACUCGAUCAAUCGUCAUGCUCCUCUAAACCGGGCGAGACUACAGCCGAUGCGCAAAAGAAGCCCUCCACCGAAGAUGAAACGCUUGGUGGUAGCGAGGGCGUCACGCCCGCGCCAAGCAGUCCUUCGGGUGAGGGUGGGGCCAACAAUGGAGGCCUCUGGGGCUUUAGAUGGCCCAAAAUGCCAACCCUGCGAAUGUCCAUCGGGGGUAUCGGCAUGGGCAGUGGCACAUCGAGUCCUGGCAAGGACGGUGUUGUCCCCGGCGCCAACGACGGGCAAAGCUUCGUGCCGGGUGGCUUUCCAAAUUUUCGGGCCAGCAGCGAGCUGAGCAUCAAGGAAAAAAUCAAGGAGGCAAGCAAAAUGAGCAAGGAGAAAGGAAAAGACAAGGAAAGGGAAAGGAAGGCCCGCACUCCGCCGUUACAGAUACCGUCCUUUGCGGACAAGUCACCCCAGAGACAGACUCAGGUGGGAGACGGGUCGUCGUCAAGGAAAGACGAGAGGGGUUCCGAGGGGGCGUUGUGUUCUGAGGAAGACAUGGCGUGCCCGAGGUGCGGCGCGCGCGAGUUCAAGGCCAAGAAGUUGGGUGCAGGACAGCAACAGCAACGGCAGAGGCUUAUUUGCGCAACAUGUGCGACGCCGGCAGCGGAGCAGGAGAGCUUUCCUUUUUGAUUAUGUGGCAUAACUUGAGGUCGGUUCUGCUCUAGUUACGUUUGGGUUUCUGUUUCUCUUGCAUAUGAGCUUGGCGUUUUUCUGGUAGGAGCAUGGGUGCAUCAUAGUAAUAACUAGCGAGUAUACAUGAUUGGAU